GCGUACACACACGAGGACACGGAUCAUACAGCUGGGUCCACAUGUCCCACAGCUCUGUUGCUCGGAAACUUCCUUCAUAAACUCCACUUCAUAAACUCCACUGAGGAUGGAGAGGUCAGACAACUUUACAACGUCCCAACUUCUUCCCCUGCAGAGGGCUAAUGACGCAUCCCAAACUGACAAAAGCAACGGCAACGCAUACGUGUACAUUUUCAUAGUAAUCUCCUUUUAUGGGGUCUUCCUCGUUGGUAUAAUGCUGGGCUACGUUCGCUCCAAAAGGCGGGAGAAGAGAAGGUCGAAUGUUUUUAGGCGUCUGGUGCACGAGGAGGAGCAGCGGGAAUGGGGCGCGCGGCAAAAGAAGCACAGCAUCACCAUGCCCUCGUUCCAGGUGUCGCUUCCCUUCUCCGCGGGGAGCCAGGGCCUCUAUGAAGGAAGGGUCCUGAGCUCCCCUCUGGCCUGCGCCCUGUGCUCCAUUGAGCAAAGCAGCGUCAGUUCACUGUGCUCCUCCGCCGACGUGCGCCUCGCCAUCGAGGAGGAGUCGGACAGCGGUACGGCGGAGGUACCGGACGAGACCCUGAAGGGCAGCUCUCUCGACGACUUCGCGGAGAUACAGAUACUCCGAGAGGAACUGUGACGCUCAGAACAGAUGAUGAUACUGGAAAUAAACGCAACAAAACUGUAGACUUUCCAUCCCUCUACGUCAUAUAGGAAAUAAGUGGAGAAAUGAAUGACUGGUAAAUAAAGUUUAGCUCGACAUAUGGAACAAGUGCUCUUUAACCAUCCGGUUCUGAGCAUUGAAACGUACCUGGAACCCACUUGAAAUAUAUUUUUUGUAACGAAACCCUCUUCAAUGUAGCCUAAGGUUUCCACUGUGCAGUGUUCAUGUCUAUGUAGGUUUACUUGGGGUUGUUGUGUAAAUUGAAGAUAAAAAACUAUGCUCUGUUUGAGAGAUAUGGUUCUUCUCAA